AUGGACUUUCCAAGAAGCUUCGCACAAAAAUCUAGUGUCAUUGAUAGACUUCUACACAGAAUCCAGCUUGAUUUGGUCUAUGAGUAUGUGCAUCUGGCUAUUCCACUAGGCGGCUUAACAGGGAUUGUGGAUUUCAAUGAGGCGGAUAUAGCCACUGUGUGCAGGGAGAUUCUAGAUGGUCUCAUUUUAUUCACUUCCAAACUCGGCAUAUCACACGGUUCAGUUGACUGCAGCAAUGUCCUCCUAAACGAGAAAGGAGAGAUACAAUUGGGUAGGCAAGACCUUGCCCUAGAUUUCAGUAAACGGUUAACGAUAACUCUAGCAAAUGUUGGGGACAGUACAUUAAACAGCAACAUGCUGAGCAACUGGAAGUCAGAUUUAGCAGCCGUUGGUUUCCUUGUCAUUUGUCUCAGUGACAAAACUGCCUUGAUUUCAACAGUCGCUCCUUUGAAGACUGCGCUAUCAAGUCCAGCUUGUGGUUUCAUAGAAAAGUCAAAAACGGAGUCAGCUAAAGAACUUUUGAAUGAUGAAUUAUUGUAUCCAGCAACACCAGGAGGGGCUGAAGCCUAA